UCGGCUGGUUACGAGCCAACUUUUACCUCGAUGUCGAGAUCGGACUGAACGCGCACCCGCCCAACGGAACAAUAUGGAUCGCUUGACGUUCGUCCAGGUGUUGGUCUUCGCGAUCUUCGGCCUACAGCAAGGUGACACGGCAUGGAAACCGACAAUGAUUCCUGAAACGGAGGAGCUUCUUAUCCAAGAAGGAGGCGAACUGAGAAUAUCAUGUCGGGAUGACGACCCUAUUCACUUUUCGUCUAUGAAUCUUUCGGGAAAUAGAAAUCAUACCAUCAUCGAUGAAGCUUCCGGCGAAUAUACUUUCGUUAUUCAUCAUGCAUACGCGAACGAUACAGGAUGGUACGCUUGUGCAAGGGAAGGUGUCGAGAUCAGGAAUAACGAGCAAACCAUCGAUCAUCCCGACGAGGAGAUCUCUUGGAUUUACGUUUACGUAGAAUCUACGGAACCGUUUGCCCUCGCGCCUCAUUUUGAUACGUUAAAGAUUAGAGUGGGAACAACAGGAGUCAUUCCAUGUCGGCCGACGUCACCGAGCUAUCAAGUGGAACUCCACAUGACGUUCGGUGGUUCAGAGCCACCCGAAAACCCCGAAUUCGACCCAAAAAUUGGAUUCAUCCUGAGAAAUGUUUCACUGGCGCAGACAGACGAAGUCUAUAAUUGUAAAAUCUAUGGUAAAAGUAACCCGGACAACGAACCAUCGUAUACUUUACUCGUGACAGAAGUGUCGAAAAAAUUGCCAAAGCCGAAAAUCGACGAAGCUGCGUUGCAUCACGUUGUGUGGGGUGGAAAUCAGACAUUGACGUGCUCGGUUGUUAUGGCCGUAGGUGACCUAUUUCUUCUGUCAUGGAAAUAUCCUUCUUCGGUCCCGAAAGACAGACUCAUUGAUUACGAAGUAACGGAUCCUGGGAAAAAUAACGUGACUCACACCGUCUUCCUCACAAUCGUGAACGUUCAGGAACAUGACGGUGGUGAAUAUAUUUGCAGCUUGGAGGAUGAUUCGAAUAACGUAGCAUUCGAAACAACACACCUUAGAAUUUGGGAUCCAAAUUACGUGUACCUUAAUGUGAGCCUGGAUGAUGAUAAGAGCGCUUCGUUGCAAUUACGCGAAGGAGGGGCUGCUCGUUGGAAGAUAACUGUCGACAGUUAUCCAGAAAACGUUACUUGGACAUGGUUCAAAGGUAAUUCUGCCGAUCCAAUUAAAGACGUCACAUCGGUCGAAAAAAGCAAAUACUCUCACAUCCAAUAUGGAAAAGUGCACGUCUUCAAAAUAGCUCGCCUUAGUGUACACGAUACGAGCAAUUACACAAUUAGAGUAGCCACUCAAAAUAACAUGACCGACGUCGUCCUUCAUUUGAAUGUCGAAGCACAGCCAAUUGCUCACAUCGCGAACACCUUGUCAUACUUCAUGCCUGGCCAGUCUGCCUACAUCAUUUGCAAAAUUCUAGCCAAUCCAGAAGCUAAUGUGACAUGGAUGUAUCGGGAAUACCCAAAGUUUCCCAGCAAAAGCGACUCAAAAUCCAUAAUUUUAUCGGACGUCGCGACCAGUGUUGCUAAGGGCGAGCCGUUUACUAUGUUUUCGCACGUGUCGGCAAAGAUCAACGAGACCGGUGAUCUGACGUGUAAAAGCUGUAACGCAAUUAAUUGUACGGAGGUUACCGAACUAAUUUAUGUUUCCGACGUGGCUUCGUCUUUUGAUAUAUUGCAUCCGAAAUCGGUCGUGGAAGGUGACAACAUCAGUCUUACAUGUGGAGCUUCGGUUUAUAACUACAGCGAUAGCAUCAGAUGGGACAACGUCACUGAUUUCAAGAAUGGAAGGAUAUCGGUUGUGAACAAAACUACAAAGUUCACCUAUCAAGCGAUACUUAAAAUACGUGACGUACAGAAAUCCGACUCGGGAAAUUAUACUUGCCACGCAUUUGAUCUGGGUAAUAACAACGAGGAACCGAUGACCUACUUCUUGACCGUGAAAGAUGCGUACGCACCGUCCAUUUAUAAGACGAAUCUGAAUAAUUCUCAGAUAGUGAAAGAGAAAAAGGAUAAUAUGCGUCUAACGUGUCACGCCGAUGGAAUGCCAGAACCAAGUGUAACCUGGUUAAAGGAUGGUCAUCCGCUAAAAAAGGGUCAGCAGUACGAAAUUUCAUCAGACAAUUCCACGCUUCGUAUACGGUACUUUUUGGAUGAAGACAGCGGGCAUUACGCGUGUCGAGCAGAGAACCGUAUCCGAUUCGUCGAGAAAUACGUGGACAUCGUAGUCGAAGGUAACGGAAGCAACCUAAUAUGGAUCAGUUUAAUUUGCUUCCUUAUCGUAGUUAUCAUCGUUGUCAUCGCUUACAUGGGAUACAGAGUACACCGUGAAAGGCUGAUGAAGAAAGAGUUGCUCGAGGCUGGCCUGACGCAUUUCGAAGAAGGUGCCGUCGAGUGUUUGAAUCCCGAUCUGACGAUCGACGACCAGGCCGAGCUAUUACCCUACGAUAAGAAAUGGGAAUUUCCGCGGGAAAAUUUGAAACUCGGUAAACAACUGGGAAGCGGUGCAUUCGGUGUAGUGAUGAAAGCUGAGGCACGGGGCAUUUGCGUCGAUGGCGAGGAUACCACUGUCGCGGUGAAAAUGGUUCGAAGAUCGGCGGAACCGAGUUACAUGAAAGCUCUCUCCAGCGAACUCAAGAUCAUGAUUCACCUCGGUCGGCACUUGAACGUCGUCAAUCUGCUCGGGGCUUGCACCAAGACCAUCCUUACCAAGCGUGAGCUUUACGUCAUCGUCGAAUAUUGCCGCUUUGGGAACUUGCACAACUAUUUGCAGCGUCACCGAGCAAGUUUCAUCGACCAAAUUGAUCCUGCUACGCAAAAAAUUGAUCCAAACAUUGGUAUGGAGCGUUUGACCCGAAGUGAAAGUAUCGGAAGUCAGAAUAGGAUAAAGUACGCAGCGUUGUCCUUUUCCCGUAGCGUCAGUGUAAAGUCAUCGGAUAGCAAUAGUGGCUCCGAACUAGUCGAUUAUCGUCAAGCGACAGAAUUCGGAGACGUGAACAUGGCGCCUGACGGUGGCGUCUUGAGCAACAAUUCGGUACAACCUGGAUGGAGAUCGAAUUAUCGGGGUGAUUACAAGGAACAUAAUUUGAAACCAAUAUCUACGCAAGAUUUACUCUGCUGGGCCUGGCAGGUGUCACGUGGUAUGGACUAUCUAAGCAGUAGAAACGUCUUACACGGCGAUUUAGCAGCGAGGAAUAUACUGCUCGCCGACGAUAAUGUCGUAAAGAUUUGCGACUUUGGCUUGGCCAAGAACAUGUACAAGGACGACAAUUACAAGAAGAAGGGAGACGGCCCCUUGCCGAUAAAAUGGAUGGCGAUUGAAUCGAUCAGAGACAGGAUAUUCUCGACUCAGUCGGAUGUCUGGUCCUUCGGGAUAGUCUUGUGGGAAUUUUUCACUUUGGCACGUACUCCGUAUCCCGGAAUGGAGGCUGAAAAGCAGUAUGACAGACUUAUCGAAGGAUACCGCAUGGAGAAACCGGAACAUGCUACUGACGAGAUAUACGCCUGUAUCCAACAGUGUUGGAAGGCCAAACCCUCCCUGCGCCCCACGUUUCCAGAGCUUGUCGAAAGACUCGGUACUCUGUUGAACGAAAGUGUUAAAAUGGUUUAUUUCGAGCUGAACACUCCGUACAUGGACAUGAACACUGUGAACUUGGCAAGCGGGCAAAGCGAUUAUUUGACCAUGAUGUCGGCUCCGAGCCACGAUUAUCACAAUUCGCCCGAGCCGUCGUGGGAGUCUCGCCCGGAUUCAGCCUACCUGUCGAUGAGUCCGCUGAACAAAAGCACCGAGCCUGAAAUUUUCAGCCCCCGGCCGACGGUCUGCGAAACCCACUUCGACUUUUCUCCACUCGACAAGACCACUCCGAUAAAUUCGGAUUCGGAAGACUGCGUUGAGUCAGCGCCGAUGCUCACCCCCGAAGAGCCCUACUUGAACCCCAUAAACGUGCAACAGAGAAGGGCCGAAUUCGUCAAGCAACAAAAGGAAAAAAAUCCCAGCACAACAAACUUGGACUACUGCAAUGUCGCCAACAGCCAGCCGAACAAUCAGAUAUCCAACUCGACGAGCACGUCGGAUCGGAAUUUGAACAAAUCAAACAUGCAGAACGUUUAUGCGAAUCAGGCGCCUCCGCCCAUAAUUACAGGGCAUGACAAUUACGUCAAUAUGCCCCAGCAAAAAAAUGAACGAGUUAAGGAUAUGGUCGACAGUUUCAGUAACCCAAGCUAUGUGACCAUGUCGAAAUUGGAACUACAAAACAGGCAAAUUGUGUAACAUGUUAUUGGCCAAUUUUCAAAUACGUCGAGUGCCAUAAUGACUUUUUUUUUUUUUACUAUCGACGCAACGUUUGAAAUUUAAUUUGCCCAAUCUGCCCAUUAGUGUUCAGUCGUUCUGUUUUCAUUUCUCCUCAUCGUAUUAUUGAACUUGAACAGUAAUUGUAAAUCAUAUUAGGAAAUUUAAGGAAAUUCUGAUCAUACGUCUUUCUUCCAACUUCAUAUCCGUUGUACAUUAUCCAUUAAUGUGAAAAAUUGUCAUCAACAUUGCACUGUUAUUUUCGUUUUACUAGCUUUUACGACGUCGCAAAAUAUAAUUUUCUAGACGCCUUUCGAUCUGCUCGGAAUAUUUAUACCAGUUUCCGAGAUAGCAGAUUAUUUUUCUGAUGAAAAUUAAUUGUAAGUACUUAUAUCCAUACAGACUGUAGAUUCUAAGAUCCCGUGAGUGAAAAAUUCUUAACCCAGUGAGUUGGGUAAUUUUCACUAUUGAAUUAGAGUAAGUUCUCUCAAUUAUGAUGUGAUCUCAAAUACUUGCGUCACCUGCAUUUUCGUAGUACAGAGCAGGCGUUACAGUAACCUUAACAGUACUGAACAAACAAAGGCGUUGCAUUUCAUAAUUCUUUUCUACGUUAUGCUAUUAUCGAUAAUGCGGUUUGUUUUAAAGCCAACCAGAUUGAUCAUCUCAAUUUAUUUAUACAUAUCGAAUGCCAAACACGAUGACUCUCCAUGUUACUCAUCGAUAUUUUAUAGCCCAUUGGUAAUUUUUCAAUUGAGUAACACGUCCCACGCUUGCGAUAUCUGUCAAGGUACAAAACCUUUUUAUUUUAUUAUGCUAUUUUAACGAACAAGGGGAACACACGAAUUUGGGAUGACGAAUUUUGAUAAAAUUUGCGCCGGUGAAACUAGAUCGAAUUUUUCAUCAGACCCAUAUUUUUUUCAUUUCAUGGGUAGCGGUUUACGAUAAAUGACGCAUGACUUGUUUUAUGAAAAAUUUGUCAUUCGUCUUUUUAUUACUUUCAAGUACAUUUUAAUGAAAUUAUUUUCUUCCAACAGUUAAUUUAUCGUAUCGUUAAACUUGUCAUUAAAAAUAAAUAUAUACAAUCCGGGUGUCAUGAUCAUCGUACGUGUCUACUUUUUCGUGCGCCAUUCAGAAAACAUAAUUCGUUGACAUUCGUGAUGACAUUUCUAGAUUCGGUUAAUUUUGCUGCGAACCAGGCGUAUAUUGCAGCAUGUCUCGGGAAAGCGGAGCAGAUAAUGCACAGGGAACGGUGAGAAAUACGUCUAGUUUCACUAAUUCAAGUUUCAUAAAGAUCGGUCAUUCCGGAUGCGUGGUUUAAUGUGUAGAAAUGUGUGCGUGGUAUUCACGUUGACAAGCACUUUGAAUAAGUUGUAUCUGAAUAAUUUUAAGGAAAACCGUGAUGAUCGUUUUCAAUGAAUUCACGAUGAAUAUUACUUAUUGUUAGUAAAUAGCCGAGGUACGUCCUGAUAAAGAAGUAAAUAUGUAUAAAUUUACCAUAUAUUACGUUUUUUAUAGACUUAGGCCAGUAUCAUGAUAAAAAUUUGAAAUAAAGAUCUUACGGAAGCCUUGCAAACGA